AAGUGCACAUUAACAUUUUCAUGUUUUUAAGAAAAUUUUAAGCAAAGUUGAAGGGAAAAGAAAAAAUAAACUCCAUUCGUUUACGCGAAAACAUUAUUCUUAUUAUACUGCAAGUGAUUUAAAUGCUUUCAUAGAGAAAAAGGAUCUCAUUCAACUAACCAAUGUCUUUGCGUGCUAUAAAAAAGCGCGAAAGUUCAUUACCAUCCACUAAUAGCAAUGGUAGGAUCAGUUUAUUUAAAAAAUCCAACAAAACGAAAACGUCACAUGUAAACAAUGUAGAAAGUUCUAAUAAAACCUUUAAUAAAAUACAUUCGAAUUUAACUUCAUUGUCAAUACAACAGCAAUAUCAGAUCUUAGGGCGAGCAACAAAAUCAAAUCCAGAAUUAAAAUCUAGACAACUUCCAUUCCAAUUAGUGCGCACAAAAUCUGACGGCGAUCUCAAUAGAUUAUUAAAUAGUCGAAGGAGCGAAGAAUAUGAUAACGGUGCUUUACUUAAUGCCAAAUCUGAAGUGUGUUUAAAGACGAUAAAAACACAUAAUUACCAUCAAGACGCGAAAACAACAACAACGUUUGAAUCAGACGUUGACCAAACUAAUAGAAGGGCAAUAAGCUGCGAUAACCGCAGGAAAAAAAUGCUUUCUGGUGCUCGUUCUCAUCGUGAUUUAACACAAUCUUCUUAUGCGUCUACAAAUCGCUUAAGUACAGAGGUAACACCAAGGCGAAUGAGUGAAGGCAAUUAUAGACGUGGACCAAGCUGCCACUCCUCAGCCAAUAGUGAAAUAACUUUAUCUUCUGGUGGUGGAUUAAUUUCUCAUAUUGUACCAUCAGCAGUUGACCCACAAAGUGUUUUGCAUAUUCCAAUUAUCGGGUACGAGGUUAUGGAAGAACGUGCCCGUUUUACUGUCUAUAAAUUGCGUGUCGAAAAUCCUCAUUCUAAUGAUUGUUGGUUGGUAUUAAGACGUUACACAGAUUUUGUGCGUUUAAAUAAUAAACUUAAGCAAAUGUUCCCGCAUGUCACCUUAAAUUUGCCACGUAAAAAAGUAUUUGGUGAUAACUUUAAUCCUAUGUUCCUUGAUAAUCGUGUUCAAGGCUUGCAAAUGUUUGUCAAUACGGUAAUGAAUAAUGAAGAAUUGAGAAAAUCUCAGUUUGUCCGCGAGUUCUUCUGCUUAGAUGAACCUCCUACGUAUUCGGAAUCAAUGGAAGAGUGUAGGGCGAUUUUUGAAGCUCAAGAAGAAACCAUAGCUCAUCUUAAAAUGCAAAUUACGGCAAAAAAUGAUUUAAUUUUAAGUUUACAACAAAAGUUACGUGAAGAGCUGCAAGAGAAAGAGCAACUGAAAAAACUGUUAAAGAGUUGUAACGUCAAGUCAAAUGCAAGCAAAUAAUGAGAAGAUUGCUGCAAUAAAUUAUUUGAAUGACAAUAAAAAAAAGAAAAGAACCAGGAACCUAAUAUAUACAUUUAUUAUGUUAAAUUUCAAUAUUCUGAGAAGAAUGCAAACUUAUGUUGUAUGCAUACGUUAUCAAUUUAUUUACAGGUUAGUGAUAAGUAAAAUCUUGUAUAUCUUUUUAUUUCACUAGCUCGUAUUUUCUUGGAAAGCAAUAAAUUUCCGCAUAUUUUUAAAUAUUAAACACAAACAUACACACACAUUAUGUUAUUCUGUAUACAAGUGACCUUAAAGGAUUCUUAAAAAUGUUCUUAUAUACAUACAUAUAUAUUAAUGUAAAAACAUAUACUUUUGUAAUGUAAAAUGA